AGAAAAUCUACACCAUUAAACAAAAAUAUAAAUGCUACUCCGAGAAAGCCUGCAAAUUACAACACUCCCGUGAAAAGGCAUUUAGUAAGAAAACGAAAGGCUACACCAGAGAACUGGAAACGAAAUAUAAAGAAAAAACUAUGAAUAAGUGGAAAACAGUAUAUCUCAAAGUCAGGAAAAGUUGUACUUGAAAAGACAGUAAAAGACGUUGACUGUACUGAGUGCAAAUAUAAGUGUGAUGGAAAAUUUUCAAAAGAACGAAGGAAUCAAUUGUUUCAGUUUUAUUGGUCAUUGGCAAAUUAUGAAAGACAAAAAGACUUUGUGUGUACCAACAUAUCCACCAAAUCAACAAAGUCGGUUCCUGAUGAAAAUGGACAAGUUGUGCCAAAGAAACAAAAAGUGAGAAACAAAUUUUUCUUUGAGCUGAAUGGAGAAAAAGAACAAGUAUGUAAAGAUUUCUUUUUGUCAACACUGGCCAUUUCAGAAUCAUUCAUGUAUCAUGCAUUGCAUAAUAAAGAGGAGGGACAUUUUUGUGGUACAGAAAGAAGGGGAAAAAAGUACUCCGCCAAAUAAAAUUAGUGAUGAAAGAAUAGAAUUUGUAAAAGAACACAUCAAGUCUUUUCCACGCGUUCCGGGACAUUACACACGUAAAGAUUCAAAUAGAGAAUACCUUGGUGCUGAUCUGAAUAUUACAAGAAUGUAUGACCUUUACAAACAAAAGUGUGCAGAAUGUAAAUAUGAACCUGUGAAGAGUCAAAUGUACAGAAAAAUAUUCAAUGAAGAAUUCAAUAUUUCAUUUCAUAUUCCAAAAAAGGAUAAAUGCAAUGUGUGCUCAAAGUACGAGAUGGCAGAAAGUGAUGGCACACUUACUGAAAUAUGAAACACAAUUACAAUCUCCACCAAAAAAGAAAGGCUAUAGCCAGAGAAGAAAAGGACAGAGACAAACAAGAGUCCAAACACCAACCAAAACUUCAUGUUUGUGCAUUUGAUUUACAGGCAGUGUUGUACACACCUUGCUCAUUAGUAAGUGUGAUGUACUAUAUGAGAAAGUUAUGCGUGUAUAACUUAUCUGUAUAUUCUUUAAAAAACGGGGACGGAUCUUGUUAUUUGUGGACAGAAACAAACGGCAUGCGAGGAUCAAGUGAAAUCGCAACCUGCUUACGACUGUAUUUGCUCGCAUUGCCAACACAAGUGGAACAUGUCAUAUUAUAUUCUGAUGCAUGUACAGGCCAAAAUAGAAAUCAGAUCAUGGCCUCAGCACUCCUUCAUUUCGUCACACACAAUAGAAACAUAAAAACAAUUGAUCACAAAUUCCUGGAGAGUGGGCACACUCAGAAUGAAUGUGACAGUGUUCAUUCAGCUGUCGAGUUUGCUAAGAAAAAAACUAAAAUAUAUGUUCCGAGUCAGUGGGACACCGUUAUAACUAUGGCGCGACGACGAGAUCCAUACCAUGUAGUUCCACUUAGAUACUCAGAUUUUCUUGAUUACAAAGAUGUAAAGAAGAACCAAAUUAAGGUCCAGACUAACGCUCGAGUAAAGGUGUCAUGGAUUCAGAUUCGACACAUGCGUUUUGUGAAAGACUUGCCCGAUACUAUGCUGUUCAAGAACGAUCUUAGGGAUGAUUUUACAGCUAUAAAGAUCGCAAGGGACGUCAAACUCAACGAGGUUGUACCCAACAAAUACAGACAGAAACUCCCUGUCUCUGCAGCUAAGAAGAAAGACUUAAUGACAUUGUGUAAGAAUGGAGCAAUUCCUAAAGAUUCAUGAGUAUUACAAAAACUUACCAUCAAGUGCCACAGUGAAGGAUAGAUUACCAGAGUCAGAUGUAGAGGAAUCUGAUGGUGAUGAAUCAGACAACUAACCGAACAUCAGUGGUUGCUUAACUAUUGUAUAUAAACGUACUGACUGCAGAAGCGAUUCAUAAACCUAAAGAUUAUUAUUAAGAUCUAGUCAUAAUUUUAGAAGACUAUGAAAUUUAGUGAUAAAUGACAAUCUUUUGAGCAUGAAGUGAAAAGGGAACUAAACGUUGCACAAGAUUUGAUGUCAAAAUAAUUCUAUGUCUAUUAAGAAAUGUAAAUCUCAAAGCAAGGAACAUUGUGAUAGUUUUUGAGUUUGAUGGUAUAUGAGAACUGGUUUAAUGACACGGAAUCUAGGAUUAGAUUUUGUUGAAACAGUAUGGUUUGAUGCCAUAUGAAGACUCUACAAGACUAAAUGACCUAAUGUUCUUUGUCAGUAUGACACCAAAAUAUGCUACAACAACUGUAUAUGUCUUUGAGCAGACAUAUAUUUUAAUAAAUAACAUAAACAGAGUGGUGUUAUAACUUUGUUAUACUUAUAAUCAUUGCUACACAAUAAUUUCGUUUAAUGUGUAAAAUAGUUCGUAAAAGACGUUGUUAUACACAUUUUAAAAUAUA